GGUUGGCCUCCGCCCCCGCGUCGCCUCGUCUCUGGGCCUGCUCGCCUCAUUGCCCCCCGUGCUGCCUACGCUUUUGCCAGCGCGCGCCCCACCACCACCGGAAAAGAAAUUCCCCAAUUCUACUCCACCCGGCGCGCUCUCCCCACGCGCAUCCGGAUCCGUCCGCUCUGAUCGAGUGAGUUGAUCUGGACUCUGUGCCUGCCUGUGAGGGCGAGGAGGGCAUGGACGAGUUCGAGCUGGAGGACAACCUCGAGUUCAUCCUCCAGAGCAUCCAGGAGCUGAUGGAGGACCCGGGGGACAACAACGCCUUCGGAGACGCCAACCAGAACGAGCUCUUCGCCAGCAUCGUUAACUACGACCAGGAGAACAUGCUGCCCGACGUGUCUGCAGCGGACGUUGCUGCAGGGAAGGACAUUCAGGGGAUCCCGUGGGAGAAGAUGCUCUUCGGGAGGGAUAAGUACCGGGAGAUGAAGAUGAAGAACUACAGAAAUUACCAGAAUCUAAGUUACGCACGGGAGGAUGCUUUGCAGGAGUGCAAACAAGUGACGAAGGAUAGUCCUUACUAUGAUUUCCACUACAACACAAGGCGUGCUCGGCCAUCAAUUGUACAUUUUCAGCUACGGAACCUAGUGUGGGCAACCACGAAACAUGAUGUUUAUACAAUGCAUGAUCAAUCAGUGACACACUGGUCCUCACUGGAGCAGACAAGCACUGAGCUAAUCAAUGCCGAUGAUUGCAUCGUCCCAAAACAGAGGGGCCAUGGUUCACAGUCAGUGGCAAUGGUUCAGGUCACAACAAUGGCCGUGGAUAGUAAUUUAUUGGUAGUUGGUGGCUUUCAAGGGGAGAUUAUAUGCAAGCGUUUGGAUGAUGAGGGGGUUGUUUACAGCACAAGGGUUACAGAUGAUGAAAAUGCAAUCACUAACUCUUUAGAGAUGUAUCAGGAUCCGAGCGGAUCUAGAAGGUUGGUGGCUGCUAACAAUGACUGCUCCAUCAGGAUUUUUGACACCGAGUACUUUGACCUCCUCAAGCACUAUGUCUUCCCUUGGUCCGUGAAUAGUGUUUCUGUGAGCCCGAAUGGGAAACUCUUUGCUGUCCUGGGAGAUCAUGAGGAUGGUUGUGUGGUGGAUCCCAAGUGUGGCAAGGCAAUUGGCUCUCUCAGGGGUCACUUGGAUUACUCAUUUGCAUCUGCAUGGCAUCCUGAUGGCAAUAUCGUGGCAACUGGGAGUCAAGACACUACAUGCAGGCUAUGGGACAUCAGGAACCUAUCCCAAUCAGUAGCUGUGCUUGGUGGAAGGAUGGGCUCAAUUCGGUGUGUGAAGUUCUCUUCAGACGGGCGCUUCCUUGCAACAGCAGAGCCCGUAGAUUUUGUCCACAUGUACGAUGCUUAUGCGGACUACAGCAGAUCUCACGAGAUUGACUUGUUUGGCGAGAUUGGAGGUUUAGCAUUCAGCCCUGACACCGAGGCCUUCUAUGUGGGCCUUGCGGACCAGACGUACGGAGGCAUGAUCGAGUUCAGCAAGAGGCACCAACAUCAUUACUUGAACUCCUUGUGGUGAUAACCACUUGAGCGGAAAUUUGGUCGCACAGCUGUUGGACCCCAUUGUUGCAUUGUGUGCUCCAGAGGAGUGCAUGGUCCUACAGAGGAGGAUCUCAUGAGUGCAUGCAGAAGUGUAUAAAAUUCUGGGGGGUUUCUUUCCCUGUUGCUAGUAAUCUGGGUUUUGUCGCUCGACUCGUGGAACUGAAGGCGGUAGCAUAUGUAUAGCCUUUCUGUUUCUCGACACCUAACAAUGUACAUAGUUUGUGUC